ACUCGUAACGCCUUUUCCUUCAAACACAUCUGAACCUUAGAUCCGGAAAUUUAUCGCUUUAAGAUAUGCUUUUUCCAAAAUCUUAAGUUUUUAUACAAUAUUACCGACAAAUUCUUUGUGAAACAGUAUUCUUGGUCCUCCAUGAAAUGAAUAAGCAGACCAAAGAAUGGUCGCGAGCUCGGCUAUGUAAGCCUAAGGAUAAUCUCACCACCGAGGCGGGAAAACGAGAACGCUUUGUGCCGUCCUGUGAACUAGAGUGCAGUCCGGUAUCGAUGUCGCACUUGAUUGGCUGGGAAUACGCUCGAAUUUGGCUGCGCGAUCGCGACAAAUUUAUACAGCAACGCGAACGGGCUGUCAAAGCCAAAUAUAUCAAGAAUGACUUCGAGUGGUGGUUGAGGCUGCGAAAAACAUCCAAAAAGUUCUGCAAAGUUGGGGCAUAGAAGAGAAAAAAUAACGUGAAUAACAAAACGUUUCUUACUCCAUUUUUAAAAAAAUAUGCAAAUAAAAAUAUUGGCAUACCCA